AUGAGUUGGACAAUAGGUGGGCGAGAUAGAGAGCUACAGCAGAGGCAAAGGAUGGUAACGAAGAGACGAAGUAAUGCGGUAGAUGACUUUGAGGCUAAAAACCCCAAGAUAGAAGAAGCGGAGAAAAACGAGCCGGAAUUCGUGGAUCUCACGCCCGAAAAGACAGAAAGUGCGGCCAUAGAAAACUCAGUAGUGCCGGUAGCUGGGAAAGGGAUUGCAGACAGCGAAGAUGCCGGAGUGACACAUUUCAUGUUUGAUGGACUACAGUACCAAUUUAAAGAGCGUGCCAGUGUAGUAGAAGAAAAAGAGGGAAAAAUUGAGUUUAGGGUUGUUAACAACGAUAACACCAAAGAAAACAUGAUGGUUUUGACAGGUCUCAAAAAUAUUUUUCAAAAGCAGCUGCCCAAAAUGCCGAAAGAGUAUAUAGCGCGGUUGGUUUACGACAGAAGCCAUUUAUCCAUGGCUGUGGUUCGCAAGCCGCUGACCGUGGUUGGUGGAAUAACUUACAGGCCCUUCGACAAUCGUGAAUUCGCAGAAAUCGUAUUCUGCGCAAUAAGUUCUACAGAACAAGUACGAGGUUACGGUGCACAUUUGAUGAAUCAUUUAAAGGACUUUGUGCGAGCAACUUCAAAGAUCAAAUAUUUUCUAACAUAUGCUGACAACUAUGCUAUUGGAUACUUCAAGAAACAAGGGUUCACCAAGGAAAUAACACUAGAAAAAAGCAUUUGGAUGGGGUAUAUCAAGGAUUAUGAAGGUGGUACGCUGAUGCAGUGUUCCAUGUUACCCCGAAUAAGGUAUCUGGACGCCGCAAAAAUAUUAAUUCUCCAAGAGGCAGCAAUACAGAGAAAAAUAAAGCUCGUAUCUAAAAGUAGUGUGGUUCAUGCAGGCUUGAAACAUUUCAAAGAUCUGAGUAAUAUAAAACCAAUUGAUCCUAUGGAAAUUCCAGGACUCAAAGAAGCAGGAUGGACGCCCGAGAUGGAUGAGCUAGCGCAAAGACCAAAGAGGGGUCCUCAUUAUGCUGCCAUGCAAAACGUAUUGACAGAAUUACAGAACCACGCUGCUGCUUGGCCAUUUUUGCAGCCCGUAAAUAAAGAUGAGGUGGGCGACUACUAUGAGUUUAUUAAAGAGCCAAUGGAUUUAAGCACUAUGGAAAUGAAAUUGGAAAACAACCGGUAUGAAAAGAUGGACAAGUUUGUUUAUGAUGCGCGGCUUAUAUUCAACAACUGUCGGGCUUACAAUGGAGAAAACACGUCAUAUUUCAAGUACGCUAACAGGCUUGAAAAAUUCUUCAAUUCAAAAAUUAAGGAAAUUCCGGAAUACUCUCAUCUUGUAGACUAG